CUUCCCCUUCCCACUCUUCUUCCUUUCCCCCAACCCCCGUUGGGCUCUGUCAACAGCCUGCGGUUUAGCAGCCGCAAGAGCGUCCUCUGCCACCAUGGCGCCUCGAGUCAAUAUCCCUCCAGCGACCCGCAUCUGUCUUAUCAGUCUUCUCACCCUCUCCUUGCUGUAUAAUAUCGCCCGAUGGCGGCAACUUGACACCACGCCCGGCGCACCUGCCAUCACCCCGAUCAUACCCUAUUUGACACUCGUUCCUUCACAAUUUCUUUUCUAUCCGUGGACCCUCCUUACCGCGACACUUGUGGAGCAAAACAUCUUCACAGUGCUUUUGAACGCGGCUACUCUCUUUUAUGGCGGGAAAUACUUGGAGCGCGCAUGGGGAUCCCGGGAGUUUGCGAAGUUCAUCCUCGCCAUCGCAGUCAUCCCGAACGUAACGAUCGUUCCGCUUUAUAUUCUAGGAGCUGCCCUUAAAAGCGGCUCCAGCAGCGGGUACGCCUUGUUUUCUCAUGACGAAUGCACAACAUCUUGCGCUUUCCUUACUGACUCACCGACUUCAAGCCUCACGCAGAUAUGCGGCGGUAUCUCGAUUCAAGCAUCCUUCUUGGUCGCCUUCAAGCAGCUCGUCCCGGAGCAUACGGUGACUAUCUUCAAAGGCUUGGUCAAAAUGCGGGUGAAGCACUUUCCCGCGCUGUUUUUGUUCCUGAACACCAUCAGCGGAAUUGUCUUCGGCACGCAUGUCGCAGCGAUUCUUGCGUGGCUCGGCCUCUUGACAAGUUGGACCUACCUGCGCUUCUUCAAACGUCAGCCUGACCUUACUGGCACAUCGACCGACGGGCUAGGCAUCAAGGGUGAUGCCAGCGAGACUUUUGCAUUCGCAUGUCUCUUUCCGGAUGUGCUUCAGCCGCCAAUCGCGUUCCUGUCUGAUCAAGUUUAUGCUCUCCUGGUUGCCAUCAGGAUCUGUACACCCUUCUCCGAGGAAGACAUUGCCUCGGGCAACCAGCAGGUUCUGGCACGGGGCGAGGCAGGUCUUCCCAGUAUUCUUUCCAACCAUCGCAACGGACGGGCCAUGGCGAAGCGGGAAGAAGCAGAGCGCAGACGUGCUCUAGCACUCAAGGCCCUCGACCAGAGACUUCAAGCAGCUGCUGCGGGAAGAGUGCAGCCGGCGACGUCUGCAGCGAACCAGCAAGGAUCCAGCCAUGCUCAGACUCCGACACCUACGGUUUCAGCGGGCCAGAGUAUGUUGGGAGAAACAAGCUACACCCCCGACCAUGCGUGAAGCUGCAGGAACUCUACAAAGCAUGGUUUCACGGAGUUUGGUUGGUCGUUUGGGAUAGAAUGCAAAGGCACAAUGCAACGUAAAGUGUUUCUGAUGUUCAGUCUUGCUGUGAUAUACCGAACUUGGACUUGUCUUUUGCAAGGAAAUGAGGUCUUCCCAGCAAGUGCAAUCCCGUGACAUGGGGCGGGUCUUGUUGGCCUUCACUGUACAAAAUGUCUCCCACAUUUUUCUUUUCCAAAAUGAUGAAUGAACAUGAUUACAUACAUAUACACUAG